UAUUAUAUAUAGCUAUAGCGUGACUCCAGGAAGAUAAUGGUAUCUCUGUGAUAAGCCUUUACUUAAAUUUAGGGUAAAUUGCAUAUUUCAAGCGUGCGUUACCUGGGAGAUGUAAACAACUUCAUUAUGGGUCUGUUUCUUGUAAUCUCUCGCAUUCUAUCGUUUACAUUCAAAAUGAAAUAUAUACAUAUUCAGAUAUUAAAAACAAAAAGGGAUGGUAAAAGGUGAAGAAUUGAAGGAAACGUACAUAAAGGAUGCAGUCGAGAAAGAAACAGAGAUAUCUAUUAUAGAUAUAUUAUUUUUAUCGAUUAGUUAUUUGUAAAAGAGCUUUCCGAAUAAAAUGGCAGUGUCCCUGCAAACUCGUGUCCUUUACGGUUUAAAAACAGAUAUUAUCGGUAACGCACAUUAUAUCACGGAUGCGGAAAUUUUGUAUCCGGUUGGCAAUGUAUUGGCGAUUCAUAAUAUUCUUCAAUAUCAGCAAAAGUUGAUUCGAUUGCCUGAUAAGCAACAUGUAAAUGUUAUUUGCGUCUCGCCUAACAAAAAAUACGUCGCUUUAUCCGAAGUGGGGGACAAACCUACUAUAUCCGUCUACGACCUUAACUCUCUGAAGCGCAGAAAGCUGCUCGGAAUACCUUUCGAUGCGCCGGGAGUAAACAGAUUUACAAGCAUAGGUUUCACCUUUGAUAGUAAGAAUCUAGUAGCGAUUACCGGCGAACCUGAUCAAACAAUGCUCUUCUACAACUGGGAGAAGGGUAAGGUCGAGUCGACGUCCAAGCUGGCAAAUCCGCAAAAUCCCUUGGCAAUCGCCGAGAUAUUGGCCUGCAAUCCGACAGACUCGGCUGUGGUGGCGGUCGGCGGCCCAUAUAAUUUCAAGUUCCUCACCGUUUCCGAGACGGUGUGGCGUCCGUACGGUUUUACUAAGGGGGAGAACCUCCUCGUUUGCUCGAUGACUUGGCUGGACGGUGAUCGACUGCUCGUCGGUACCGAAGAAGGUCGCGUGCUCUAUAUGGAGAACGGCGACUUGAAAAACAUUUACUGGAUAUCAGACACGGUGUCAAUGAACCUCAAGAUCCGUGAGGAGUACGUUAUGCCCGUUGUCGCCGCCGGCUUGCAGAUAACAUUGGACGACACUCGCGACGACAUCGCCUGGGAGCAAAACGUGCGCUGCUUGAUCGGAUUUCCGCGAGGUUUUGCCUACGCCCACGGCGCGGGAACCAUAAUACUUUUCGAAAAGGAAGGGAAGCACAAGUAUACAAAGAGAAACGUCUACGUGCUUCCGGAGCGGGUGCUGAAGGACGACAAUCCGGAUCUGUAUAAGAUCAACACGAUCGAUGUAAAUCCCGGACUCGACCAGCUGAUCAUCACCGCCGGUUGGUCUCAGCUGUAUUACGCUGCAUUGUGGGGUCCGGAUCUGCAAAGGGACCCAAAACCGCAGAAGCUUAAUGUCAUGGGCCAGCCGUUGCAUCAUGGUCCCAUCAGCGGUCUCGCCAUGUGUGCGUGGAAGCCGGUCUUCAUGACGUGCGGCGAGCUGGAUCGUAGCGUCCGACUAUGGGACUUUGAAACCGAGAGCCUGAUCAUGCUGAAACAAUAUGCUGAAGAUAUAUCUGGUAUCGCGUUACAUCCAAUGGGACUGUUUUGUUUGAUCGGCUUCAGCGACAAGCUGCGUUUCAUGAGUAUCCUGAUCGACGACUUGUUGCCGAUGCAAGAGAUUGCCAUCAGAAACUGUAAAACGAUUCGCUUCAGUUACGGCGGUCACUUAUUCGCUGCGGUCAGCGGCAACGUUGUGCAAGUGUACACCACCAUCGGCUUUUAUAAUCCCUUCGUCCUCAAAGGACACACAGGCAAGGUGAAGGCUCUCCUCUGGUCGCAGACGGAUCUGAAAAUGCUAAGUAUGGGCACGGAGGGUGCCAUAUACGAGUGGGACAUGACCACCGGCACGCGAUCCAGUGAAAUCAUCUUGAAGGGCAUCAUCUUGCACGACAUUGCGUUCUCUUCGGACACCUCGUUCUCUUAUUGUAUCGCCAAUGACGAUCAUAUACGCGAAAUCAAGGAGAAUGCGGUUAUUCGAGAGUUUUGUUUGCCUGGUAGAGAAAUGCAUCAAAUGAUCAUGGGAAAAGAUGAUCUGACACUAUUCGUAACUUCUCCUGGUGGUAUUAUUAUCUCAUUGAAGAGCCCGCUUCAAACUCCGAUAGAAUCGCUAGACUUUCAUAUACACAGUGUUGAUAUUAUAGAGAUCGCGCUCUCUUACAAUGAGAAUUGUUUAAUCUCCGUUGCGAAGGAUGGUAGUUUAUGCAUUUGGAAGUUAUACUAUCCCGAAGGAAAGGUAAUGAAGAUGAGCAGAGAUCUACCAUACACGCACGAAGUGUUAAUCGGCAAAGGCGAUUUAGAGGAAAAGAUACAUACGAUCAAGGAUCUGACGGUAAGGAUGAGAGAGUUGGAAACCGAGCACGCGUAUAAACUACGACAGAUUGAUGUACAACAUAACGACAAGUUACGCGACGUGCAUCAAGGCUAUUGCGAGGCAAUCAAGGAACUUCGAGAUAAGAUUGAGAAGCUUCAGGAGGACCAUGUAAAUGAGAUCAAUAACAUAAAUGUGGAAAUUGUGAAGAUGAAGAAGGCUCACGAGGCAGCAAUGCAACAGAUGGAAAACAAUUAUGAGAUCAAAUUAAUCACAGAAUACGAUAAGUAUCAGGCAUUCGAGGAACGUACCAAUAUCAUGCGUGAAAACUAUGAGAAACAAUUAAAAGAUCUUGAGAAGCGCGACACGGAGGAGCUACAGAGAACCGUGACGAAGUACGAAGGUCUGCUUCACAAAAAGAAAGUGCAAUUGGAAGAAACGUCUGACGAGAUGACGCACAAAGAACGCGUUCACGAGCAUUUAAUGAAGCAGAUAGAGGAUGACGCGGAUCGUGAGAUUCUCGGAGUACGUACAAAGUACGAGAACUUGCUGUACGAGGAAAGACAGAUUAAUUUGAAGCUCAAGGGAGAGGCCGGACUGAUGCGAAAUAAAUUCAUGGCCAGCCAGAGAGACGUAGACGAUCUGAAAAGACAAGUGCACCGUGUGCAAAGUGAAUUCGCACAGUUCCAUAAAAAUAUACAAGAUCUGGAGAAGCAGAUAGCAGAGCUAAAAAAGGAGAUCAGCGAGAGGGAUGCUAUUAUUCAGGAUAAGGAGCAACGGAUAUACGACAUGAAACAGACGAAUCAGGAAUUGGAGAAAUUCAAGUUCGUACUAAAUUACAAGAUACAAGAAUUGAAGAAUCAAAUAGAGCCGAGAGAUCGCGAGAUACAGGAGCUGAAGGAGAAUAUUCGGGACAUGGAGGCGGAGCUCAUGAGUCUUCACAAGACCAACGUGAAUCUGGAACUGCAGCUGCACGAAGUGCGUGAGAAAUUGCGCGCCGCGCGUCAAGAGCUCGAUCGCGAAACGCAUAGAAAUAAACGGUGUGAACAGCUUGUGCGAAAAAUUCGCGUAGAUAUUCUCGAUGCCGCGGGACUCAUACAAGAGCCAAACGCUUUAAAAACGGCGGUAAAAGAUUUAUAUCACAAAUACAGCGCGGACGAUGAAUUUUUACGUAGUCGCAAAGCAGAUGUGGACGCGCAAUGCGAAUUCAUCAAGCAGAGAGGCUAUUUGGAAAGGACCAUUACGUCCCUAAGGAAGCAGGUGUCCCAGGACACGUCUACCGGUGAUAAAGGUUUGGAAAAAAUGAUGGAAGAGAAUAGCACGCUUAUCGUGGAGCUAAACGCUUUGAGGCAGGAGUUGAAAGAGGCACGACAGCAUAUUUUCCAUAUGGAGAGUCUCUUGGGUUUAACACGAAAAGAUGUUCAACCCGCAAAAGCGAGAAAGAAGCUGGAGAAAGUAUAUCGCGGGUACGAGGAGCUGCAGGAAAAAUAUACGACGCAAAUGCAGGAGUAUCAGCAGGUUAUUCUAGCAUUGAAGGAAGAUAUCAAACGACUUCUGAGCAAACUUCCUUGUGAAGAGACGGAAGAAGAAAAGAAAUAGUUUUAAACGAUUUCGCGAUAUUAAAUAUACACGUUUUUUUCGGGAAC